GCUGGCAUGGAUCCCAGCCAGAUGUUCCGUGUCCUAGGAUCCCCGAGCGAGCCUUCAGGUCCUGGCUCCCAGGUCCCCAGCCCCACUGUGACUGUUUGCAUUCCCUUCUCAGCGGAGACAUGAUGCUGAAGUCCACCAGAGGCAGGAAAAGCUGCCUUUGGUUACAUAACCAAAAGGAAAUGUGUCUCAUAGGAUUUUCAUUAGCAGCUUAAAAACUCGCCUGGGUGGGUGGCAGGAGGAGGGGUCUGCCUGCCCUGGGCGCGAGAGAAUGGGUCAGCUACUGUGGACCUCACUCCGCACCCCUAGUGAAGAUCAAACACACAGAUGAUCCCGCAGGCAGGGGCGGCUGGCUGGCGGGGUAGGCAGGGAGAGUUGGGAAAGCCCAUUGUCUUGGUGGAAAGCUGUUCAGUAGCCUUGUUCUGUUUGGGCAUAAAGAGGAGAGGAUGCGAAGGAGGAAAAGUGAGCGGAAGGGCGAAAGCUGUGAGACAGGGGAGGACUUCACAUGGUCUUCAUCAGUAAACCCGAGAUGUGUCGCCGCUGAUGGAAGACAGGGACUAAGAUGUCCCUACAAGUAAAACUAACUGAAAGCAGGAAACACCAGGGUCACACCAAGUGUGGGCUAGGAAAAGCACAAAGAAGAAAUGACAAUGGCCAAGUUAACUGAAUCCAUGACUAAUGUCCUGGAGGGGGAUUCCAUGGACCAAGACGUGGAAAGCCCAGUGGCCAUUCACCAGCCAAAGUUGCCUAAGCAGGCCAGGGAUGACCUGCCAAGACACAUCAGCCGAGACAGGACCAAAAGGAAAAUCCAGAGGUACGUGAGGAAGGAUGGGAAAUGUAACGUCCACCACGGCAACGUGCGGGAGACGUACCGAUACCUGACGGACAUCUUCACCACCCUGGUGGACCUAAAGUGGAGAUUCAACCUAUUGAUCUUUGUCAUGGUCUACACAGUGACGUGGCUUUUCUUUGGGAUGAUCUGGUGGCUAAUUGCAUACAUCCGGGGAGAUAUGGACCACAUAGAGGACCCCUCGUGGACUCCCUGUGUUACCAACCUCAACGGGUUUGUCUCCGCUUUUUUAUUCUCAAUAGAGACAGAAACCACCAUUGGUUAUGGCUACAGGGUCAUCACGGACAAGUGCCCAGAAGGAAUUAUUCUCCUCUUAAUCCAGUCCGUGUUGGGGUCCAUUGUCAACGCCUUCAUGGUAGGAUGUAUGUUUGUGAAAAUAUCCCAACCCAAGAAGAGGGCAGAGACCCUGGUCUUUUCCACCCAUGCGGUAAUCUCCAUGCGGGAUGGGAAACUAUGCCUGAUGUUCCGGGUAGGGGACUUGAGGAAUUCCCACAUUGUGGAGGCCUCCAUCAGAGCCAAGUUGAUCAAGUCCAAACAGACUUCAGAGGGGGAGUUCAUUCCCCUCAACCAGACGGAUAUCAACGUAGGGUACUACACCGGGGAUGACCGACUCUUUCUCGUGUCACCGCUGAUUAUUAGCCAUGAAAUUAACCAACAGAGUCCCUUCUGGGAGAUCUCCAAAGCCCAGCUGCCUAAAGAGGAACUGGAGAUUGUGGUCAUCCUGGAGGGAAUGGUGGAAGCCACAGGAAUGACGUGCCAAGCUCGAAGCUCCUACAUCACCAGUGAGAUCCUGUGGGGUUACCGGUUCACACCAGUCCUGACACUGGAGGACGGGUUCUAUGAAGUUGACUACAACAGCUUCCAUGAGACCUAUGAGACCAGCACCCCGUCCCUUAGCGCCAAAGAGCUAGCCGAGCUGGCUAACCGGGCAGAGCUGCCCCUGAGCUGGUCUGUGUCCAGCAAACUGAACCAACAUGCAGAACUGGAGACGGAAGAGGAAGAGAAGAACCCGGAAGAACUGACAGAGAGGAAUGGUGAUGUGGCAAACCUAGAGAAUGAGUCCAAAGUGUAGACCCAGCUGGGUCAGCCUCCCCCACUCAGACAUGACCCCUCCUUGUAGACCCAGCUGGGUCAACCUCUUCCACUCAGAUAUGACCCGCCCUUGUAGGUCCAGCUGGGUCAGCCUCCCCCACUCAGACAUGACCCCUCCUUGUUUCCCAUUUCCUUCUUUUCUGUCUCUCUUACUUUGACCUUGAUUUAUUUAUAUUUAAUUUUGGCAUUUCCAGAAAACAAAUCUUCAAGGUGUAAAAUACCUACCUGCCCCUCUCAGACGUUCAGAUGGACAAGCAGACAGGGAUUUGGUUAAGGUACAAGGUACCUUCAUUGUGCCCAAGCCUGGUCUCCACUCACAGAAGAGACUUUUAGCUACUUGAUCCACUUUAUUGUCCAAUCCAAAUCACUCAAAAGAGCUGUCAGAGCUCUGACCCAGUGUCACAAAGAGCGAGGUCUGUUUACCAUGGCCACAGGUCAGUCUUACAGAGCCCUGUCCAUCUCACCCAACACAGGGCAGGUACUUAACCAUAGACACUGAUGGGACCGGACCCAGGUGAGGGAAGGAUAGACCACUGUACAUAGAUCUGCCCUGCGGAAUUAUUUUCUUUCGGCAAUUAGAAACAAACCCAGCAUGCACCAGAGUACCGUGGAGCAGAACUCCUAGUGAUGUACAUAUCAUUCCUGUAGCUUUAGACGUACACUUUAGAAAUAAGAAGAAAAAAGACUCCCAAUGUACAGUAGGCAUUUCCGUUCUGAUAUCUGAGUCUUCUGACUAUUUUGAUCCCCUUGACUGCUGGCCCUCUAAAUGCAUGGCCUUUGUUCCAGGUCCCAGACUGACAGUUGUUAGAGCACCUCUGUGUUCCUUGUCAUCCUUAUGUUGACUCUAACAAGCCAUAGGUGUGGGGACAGUCUGGAGGUCUAACAGAUGGCAAAAUGCUGGCAGACCAUGACACAUUUAUAAAACAGGUGUCGUUGUUUAGAGAUAAUGAGGGUCUCUCUCUGAGCACCCUUGGGAGGCUGUACCAGGAACAGGACUCUAGCACAGCCCCACGUGACAUUUCCCAUGAACGUGGAGUCUAGCAGUUUAAGAAAGCUUUCUGUAAAAGCAUUGAUUGCUAAUCUAUGUGGUGAUGAGAAACUGCAGGCUCUCCACGGAGCUGUCUGGUCAGCAGAAGACUUGGGGGUAAAGCCAAGACAUUCAAGAGUGCCCUGUGGAAGAAAUGACAGUUUCCUGCCCUCUCACUUCAUCUGGCACGCCUGUCCCUGGGCCCCGCCCUUACCUUUUCUUACAUUGGGAUUUUUUUAUCUUCUGCCAUCAUUGUUGCUACCCUUAUUGUGAAACGACCAGAAUUCGAUACACAGAGUAGAGAGCAGUCUUUGUGGGAACUGACAAAUCUCUCCCGGGUGUGAGAGUAUGCCGCUAAUUGACAAUCUAACCCGUGUCUCUCAAUCAAGAGCACAAACAUCAACAACAGCCAAAUAGCUCUCUCCGUCUCAUUUUAAUCCUCAAGGAAGGAACAAAGGAAGGCAGGCAACAUGUGUAAUAGUCCAAAUUCAAAACGACUUGAAAGAGAAGACUGGGAAGAGAGACUUAAGUGAGGUCUCAGGGGCAGGUGGAGAUUUCUCACUGUAACCGAUCUUUCUUGUUGCUUUUGCAUUCAUAAACUGUUCUUAAACACCAUUGUCCAUCAUCAAUAUGCAUCGAAUAGAUCUGAAUUUAUCUCAGCUCCUUCAGAUGUGCUUAGUUUGAGACUCCAUACCAUUGAGGUCAAAGAGAUCAAACUAGCUGGUCCCCAUCCCCGCUGCCCCUCCCCCCUCACCAGACCGGUCCACACAGGGUUUUGCUAUAGUCUCGGGACCUUGCUUAUAAGAGAGGUACCCCAGGUCUUACUUAUGGGAAGUGGCUCCUCCAACCAACAUCUGGGUUGUUCCUCUCCCUCAGCAGAGAUCUUACCACCCAAAGCAAAGCUAUUGAGCGUGGCCCUCCCUUGCCUGCCAGCAUUUCCUUUUGGCAUUGGUUAUUUAUCGAUGGAGACACUCAUCCGCCCUGCACUCUCUAAGCAGGAGGUGAUAGAGGAGGGAAUCCUGAAACAAUUCCCCAGAGGCUGUGGGAGUGCCCAUGGCUUGACCUUGUUUUAGCCUUAUGAAGGCCGCCCUGCUUUGGGGCACCAAUCUGCAGCAGCCCAAGAUAGGGCCUGUGUAGCACAAAGCAAGAUGGAGAACGCCUAUGGAUGAUCUGCCGACUUAGCUCCUGAAGAUUCGUUGGGCCUUUUAAAAUCUAUUACUGAGGUCUGAAGGACAAAGGAUCCUCACUGAUGGGUUGAAAGAGCAGCUCUGAGGUUGAUGGCUUUUUGUAGGAUGACACAAUAAGGCCUGGGCAACACCAGUGUCACUUCCUCAGCCGUGCUGUGACCACAGCAGGCACUCUGAUGGUUCUUUCCUGACUCUCAUCUUCUUGCUGUCACUGUGCUGGGUGAUGCAAGUGGAGCCUGUUUGUAACAUGAGCUCAAAAUCUUCACAGGGAGCGUCCCUAAAGGACCUUUUAUUAGACUGUCCUUAGCAAACGUGUCUAUUUUUCUACGGUCACUGAGAAAAAGGUUUAACAGUGUAUUUUGUGUCAACUGUUAAAAUUUGAAAUGUCAUUAUGACUGAAUUUUCUAAGCAGCAAGUAGCCGGUGGGGUUUUUCAUUAAGAUGAUUCAACAAAAGGGACCCUAAUGCCUCCCCUUUCCUGUCCACAAUCCCCAGUCACUAUCCCCACAGUAUCUCCUCCAGCAAAUCAAAUGCUACAAAAAUGAUACACCUAUCCAGGCACCAAGACCCAUAACCAUUGGAGAGUACACUCUCUUUCUCUCUAUAUCUCCCCCUCCCCCUCUCCUCCCUCCUUCUUCCUCUCUCUACCCUUCUCCCUUUCUCCCUCCCCCUCCUUUUCUCCCUCCCCUCCCCCUCCUCCUCCUCCCUCUCUCUCCCCUCCUCUUCCCCCUCCCCCUCCUCCUUUCCCCUCUCUCCCCCUCUCCCUUUUGGGGCUGCUUGGUUGUUAUCGCUGAGUCAUUUCCCCCCCCCAAUAAAGCACAGUGAAAUCCCUAGACCAGAUAAGUACCUUGAACUCAAGGGUAACAGUCACUACAGUUGAGUCCAGUCUACGGUCAGGUUAGCUCCUUGAGGAAAGAGAAGGUUUGUCUGGAAGGAUGGAGCAGAAGAGACCUCUGUUCUACUGACACCCCCUCUCCCAUUAGCUCUCCUAUAUAUAGGAGAUGAAAUCAGUAUUGUGUUUGUCUGCGGUGGUCCCUGGGCACGCAGCAUGCCUGUGUUGACACAUUAGAACGGCCACGUUACAUCAUUGGCUCAUCCCUUUCAAGUCCUUCAUGUUGGGUAUGGUUGUGACUCCAUGAGGUAGAACCCUCUCUUCCUGCACCUUCCUGUCCGUCCCUCUCUUUUGUCUCUCUUUAGUUCCAGACCCACUGAUUUAAUUUAGUACCCGAGUCCCCUAACAGAAACCUAGCUACUGUAUCAAGAUGUGGACCUAUUUCUUAAGCACAACUUUUACGGGUUUAACCAAAGUAGGACUCUGACAUGCCUGGUUUUCUCAUUAUACUCUAAUUUAUAAUUUAAUUAUGACUACACUUUAAAGCCCGGACGUUCAAGUUUCUUUCUUUCUUUCUUCCCCUACCUGUUGCUUUUCUGGUUGAACUUCUGGUGUCUUGGAGUGUUUGGGACUGACCAAGGGUGCAGGAGGGAGUACACAGAUGCCCUGGAAGACCCCAUGAGCACACUUCGAAGUGCCAGAUCCUUAGCUGAGAGAAACUGUGAAAGCCUAGACACUCGCUACCAGCACGACUUAGCAAGAGUCACCUGGUCAUUUCUUUCCCUGACUUCAGACAUGUUCUAAAUGACACAGAAGCCUAGACGGCAGCUUCAGAAGAAAUGGCCUCUAUGUGUGACCAGUAUUACUACGCUGCACUCAUUUUUUUUCCGGCUUCAUCCCAAUGGAUAGCUGUAAAACUGAAAAAGAUGAACAAAAUUUGUAUAAUUGAUUGAUAUUACAACACGGCUUAAAAAAAACACUGUCUUAAGUUAGACUUGAUGUCAAACUGUAUUUUAAAACAUGUUCCCUUUCACGUUAGAAUAGAGUAACGACUCCCUCUUCCCAGUCUGUGUACCCUGGCGUCUCCGAGGGGACUCAGGACUCAACAUGUCAUGUAGAUGUGGAGACUGUGAGAAGGUCUGUCAGGAACAAGGGCAGUAUGUACAGUUUUGACUGUGCAUACCUAACAACAGGACAAUAUUUUACCUGACAUUGUAAAGGCAGGACACUCCCACAAAUUAUCCCUUGGAACUCUCACCCGCCACACGAGGUCAGGUACUGUCGUCUUUGUAAUUGGAGUUUGGGCAAAUUGACAAACUUAUCAAAGGUCCAGGCCAGUUAACAAUAGACCCUGGCCUCAAACCCAGGUCACAAGGGUGUGAGCGAGCACGGGGUGAUUUUUAUUAUGAAAACAUUUGGCACACCAAGCUGCUAAGACGGCUUUACUGUUACUACAUACCCUCUUUCUAGCUGAUGCCAAUGCUCAUGUUUAUAAAUGGUUGGGAGGAAAACAAGCCAAGAAUACUUGGGGGACACAGGAGUCAGAUCUCAGGGGCCAGGGAUGGAGCUUGGUUAGGAGUGUGCUUGCCUAAUUCAUGAAAUGACCCAUGUUUGGUUCCUAUCAUCGCUGAGUAAAUAAAGCAUGUUAGCACCCCACCCCCACCCUGUCCAUUAUAGCAUUUUGGAAGUGGAGGCAGGAAGGUGAACUCAAGUUCAUCCUCGGUCAUAUGGGGAGUUUGUGAUUAGCCUGAGCUACCUGGGACCCUCAAAAGAAAAUGAUGAUUCAAAUUUCGGUCCAUAAGUGGUUCCAUUGGAAAACAGGGUAUGAAAUCUGUGCGUGGAUUGCCUGGGGCUGCUCAGACUCUGUUCUAGGAGACCUGAGUAACUGCAAGAGGUCGUGUGGCGGGCAACACCUGUACUACUAUUACUAACUAAUAGUAACCAUUGCAUGUGUGUCAGUUAAGAAUUAAACUAGUUAAGAAUUAAACUAGUCCCACGGGCGUCUGGGAAUGUCAGAGUACGACCUCUUUCCCCACCCCAGAUCUCCUGGGGUUGCUAAUAGUUCUGUUACAGCACAACACGUUAUGGUUUUCAGGGCUCACAGAGAAAAGGCUUGCCUUUCCAACCCAGCCUUUCCGGGAUUCAGUGUCUACCUAGGAAGUCGCUAGAAUAGAACUGCUCCUUAAUGCGCAAUAAAGACAUGAGACGUCCUGGCCCAUCAGCUGAGUACAGCUUCUCUGUGUCCGUGGGCUUUCAGUUCUACAGACUGUCCAGCCCGCUGGUGUCUGCUCGAGUGAGGCUAGCAGUGUGAAGGAGAAGGGUCAGGGGCUGAGGCUAAUCCCACAUUCUUGCUGCUUCCUCUAGUCUGGAACUCGGGAUUGGUCCGUGGUGUAAAGGAUCCAGGAACCUCGGUCACUGUUUCUUUACAUUGGCCCUGGCUCUCUCUGGCCCCUUGGAUAGAAGUUCAGCAUGAGGAUGACCAACUGCUCUUCCAGGGAACCUCAGAGGCUUUUGGAAGCCUUGGGGGCUAGAGCAAGGUUACUAUAUCAUUGGAGACUGCAAAGCAGACCAAUCCCAGUGAUAGGAACCUUAGAUGAGGCUAUAUUAAGUGGCAUUGUCUAGACUCAUAAAUUUGAUUUACUUUUGGUCUAAGGAAGCAUUUCUCAUCCUGGUCAGCUAAACUUGGCAUUUUAUCUUUUAUAUUAUAUUUGAGACAGAGGGGGGAGAGGGAGAGAGAGAUAGAGAGAGAGAGAGAGAGAGAGAGAGAGAGAGAGAGAGAGAGAGAGAGAGCACAAACACAUCAGGUUCUCUUAUGAGUGAUUUCGAGGAAAUUAGAUGGAAAAGAAAAUAUUUUGCAACAAAUUGUUGUAUGUUGUGCUGUUGAUCCCACAUCUCUAACUAAGUGGGUGACAAUGUCCUAUCCAUCACAGAAACCAUGCAGAACUCCUAUAACUACUCAACCACUUAGAAGAAACAGCCAGGUUACCCACCUUCAAAGUCCAACACCACAAAACUUAAUCAAUGUAAAAGGAGCCAAACUUCUACUUGGCCUCAUGCCUUAGCAAAAGAAAGCUUCACACACCCACCUACUCACACGGGACAGCCCCAGGGAAAGGAAGGCAAUGCUUCAAUAUACAAGAUGAGUUCAGGGACGUGCUCAUGCUGAUGGAGAGCAAGAGGGUUAGUCGGUUGGCCGGUCGUUGUCAAAACUCUAUAAUGUUCUUUUCUACACUCUUCCCCUUGGCUUGGAUGCUGAUGUGUGUGAGGUUGGCAGACAACAAUGACCACAGAGUCAAGAGGUCUCAGUCCGAGGUAGACGGGUUCCUUCACGGACCCGACCAAUCACAAGAUCAAGGCUCAGCGCCCACUGUACGAACACUCACCAUUAAAACUGUGACAUCAAUGUAGCCAAUCUAUACGAUGGGCUGUUCUUCUCAGGCAAUGUAAAUAAAUUAUCCGCUACCAACAAGCACUAGUGAACCUAACAUUGCCAGUCAUCAGGGUUUCUAAAUUUUAAACAAAGCUCAUCGUGUAUUCAUCAAGAGCCCCACAGGAAGUCCCGGGAGUCUAAGAUCAGACCCAGGUUGAGGCUGGACACCCUUCAGAGUAUUCCAGUGCUAGAUUUACAGUCAUAAAUGCAAGCAACAGGCCACCCAGAGCCAGAGCCUCAGAUUCCAGCUGCGACCCAUGGGAACCUCUGGGUCCUUCAGCCAGAGUCCUCAGAGGAGGAAGAGCACUGCCCUCAGAUCCACUCUGCCAUCGUCUCUCAGUCCCUCUGUCUGUGAGAGCAACCCCAGCAGCCCCCUCCCCUGCUCAGUUUAGCCAGUGACAAGGCUCACUGAGGCCUCUCAGAACUGCCACACAGGGUCUGUUUCUUGCACAACCAGACAACGACAGACGUGUCUUCUGAGGUCUUUGAACUCUUAAGAAUACCUAGAAGGGGGGUUGGGGAUUUAGCUCAGUGGUAGAGCGCUUGCCUAGCAAGUGCAAGGCCCUGGGUUCAAUCCCCAGCUCCGAAAAAAAAAAAAAAAAGAAAAAGAAAAAAGAAUACCUAGAAGGCAUUUUUCUUUUGUUUGUCUGUUUGUUUGUUUAUUUAUCUAUUUAUUUUUGUUCUAGAAAUGCCCACCAUCCCCUGCCCUCUCUCCAGCCCCCUCUCUCCCCCUACACCAGAUCCUGCCCCACCCUCACUGUUGUUCCUCUCCCACCCAGUUCCCUCCCUCCACCCACCUCCUGACUAUUUUGUUUACCCUUCUGAGAAAGGUUCAAACAUCUCCCCUUGGGCCCUCCUUGUUACUUAGCUAUGGAGUGUGUCGUGGUUAAUAUCUACUUCAUCAUCAGUGAGCGCACACCACGCAUGUCCUUUGGAGUCUGCGUUACCUCACUCAGGAUGAUAUUUUCUAAUUCCAUCCUUUUGCCUACUAAUUUCCUAAUGUCCUUGUUUUUAAUAGCUGAAUCUGGGAGGUAUUCUUAACUUCACAGAGCACCUUCUGGGUCAGGAAUGAAUUUAGGCCUUUAAAGUCUGUUAGGUGCCAGCCAUAUGUAAACCCAAUAAAAUACUAAAGUUAAAAGGACAUGUAUAAGGCAGACGCUACGACUUCACCCCAAGGAUUAUCUCGGUGAUGAUUUUGUGUGCGUGUUUAUUUUCUCAUUAGAUACAAAUUCUUCCUGCCUGAGAAAUUGUCACUUUGGGGUCUCCCAGUGGUGUGAGGACAGGAAGCCAGUCACUUGGGGGUAUCACAGUGACCUUUCUGGAUAGUCGAACCUGCCCCUCAGUCUAAGCAAGUCUCAGAGCUGACCUGUUGGAACCCACCUUACAACCAAUAUGACUCCCACCUAGGCCUCAGAUACAUGCCCAGGCCCGCCCAUCUCAGCACCAGGGCUCACCUGGUGUGCGUGCUGGAUCUUCAGGGACGCUGGAGGAGAAAUGAGAAUUUUCCACACCCCAAACAUCACACUGUAGGACUUGCUCCCAUCUACCAGGCAUCGUGACUCUCCUUUUUCCCCACACUCCCUGUGGUUUACAACUCUCCCUCUGCUAGCGGCUGCCCUACAGGAACAAAGGAUCCUCUGGAUGCUACACAAUGUGGUGGGGGUGGGUUGUUCCCAGGCCUUCGUAUCUAACACUCAGACUGGGAAAUAUAAAAUAGACACUCACAAACAUGUGUGCACAGACACAUAAACACAGGCCACAUUCUUAGACCCUCCAAAUGGGUAUGACCAAAUCCGCAACGUUUUCAGAAGAUUGGGGUUGGAGAGAGCUCGGCAGCUAAGAGCACUUACCGCUCUUGCAGAGACGCCAUGUUUGGCUCCAGACACCCAAGUCAGGCAUCUCACAACCUCCUGUAACUCCAGCUCCAGGCGAACACGACAGUUCUGACCUCUGCAGGCAACUGCAGCUCUGUUCACAUAGUUACACACACACACACACACACACACACACACACUUAAAACAAUAGAAGUAAAAUCUAAAAGAAAAGGUUUCUGGAAGUCUAAACGUGAGUGAGGACCGCCCUCUCCUACUAUUACAGUGGCAUUAGCUUUCAAAUGCUCUUACAGAUCAAUGAUCACACCCCCGACCGGACCCGCCCCCGCCCCGCUCUGCCCCACCCCGGCCCCACCCCCGCAAACAUAACCCUUCUUCCUGGAGUGAAUGAGAACUCUGCUUGCUCCCCACACCCCGGUCCCCGCGUUUGGUGGUGUCAUUGUUUCAGAUUUGUAAGACGUGUAGCAUGGUAUGUUACGGCUGUGUGCCGUUCAGUUCACUGCGGGAUUAAACGCCUUCUCAGCUACUUCCUGUCUGUCUGUAGAUUGUCACGUUGGAGUGGCUCUGCUCAGAUCUUGUGUUCACUCUGUAGGUGGGUUGUUCGUUUUCCUAUUCUUGAACUGAAAAGGCUCUUUGUAUAUUUUGGAUACCUGUUCUUCUUCAUUAGCUGCAUCUUUCGGAAAUGCUUCCCCUUGCUGGCCGUUCCUCUUUGCUCUGCAGAAGUUUCUUAUUUCAGCGAAGUCCAGCCUGGCAAUCAGCCCUCACAGACCGUGCCUUUGGAGCCGUAUCUAAGACACCAUCAUAAACCCCAGUUUGGCCGGGACUUCCUCCCGUGUCCUGGGAGCUUUGACAUUUUAGCUGUUCCCCAGGUCUCGGAUGAUGCCUUGGGACUGGUAUGAAGCUUGUGUUCAAAUCUGUUUUUAUCUUACCGUGUCUAAGCUGUUUGCUGAAACAGCAGCCUUUGCCAGUUUGUCAGAAAGCAGCCUCUUCCCGGCACAGGCUGAUCGCUGAGAUACGUGGCCUGUGUCCGCGCUCUCUAGUCGGAUUCUUCUUCUGUCUGUCUACUCUGUUACCAAUACUACAGAGUCUCCACAGAUAGACUAGCAUUGAGUCUCGGCAAUGGCAGGCAGGCAGUCCUCUGUUUUCUCACUAUUUCUUCAACAGUGAAUAGUUGAUUUCGUCUAUUCUGGGUCUUUUGCUUCUCUUACAAACUAUUUAGAGAGCCGAUAUCCACACAGAAAUCUGUUCGACUUUGGAUUGGUAUCGUCUUGCCUCCAAAGAUUAAGUGGAGAAGAGACAACACCUCUGUUUUUUCUGUCCCGCAGACCCCAGGAUGUUGUUUAUUUAUUCUUUGGAUCGUUCACCUUUUAUAGUUUUCCACACAGAGAUCUUUCACAUACUUUAAUAGACUUACACCCAAGAAUUUCAUUUCAGGGGGGUGCUAACUUAAAUGUUCAUUUUUUUAAAAUUUCAGAUUCCAAUUGCUCAUUGCUGGUAUUUAAGGAAGCAAUUGGCAUUUGUAUACUAAUUUGUGUCUAAAAUAUUUAUGUAAAUUUUUAAUCUUGGUCUUGCCAAGCGUGGUGGCACAUGCCUUCAGUCCCAGCCCUCAAGAGGCAGGGGCAGGGGGAUCUACAUGAGUUCAAGGCCAGUCUGGUUUACAAAACAAGUUCCAGGACAGCCCAAGGUGCCAGGGUUACACAGAGAAACCCUAUCAAAAAAAAAAAAAAAAGAGCUUUUUGUCAAUUCUUCAAGAUUAGAGGUGAGCACGUCAUCUGUAAAUGAUAGCUUUUUCUUCCCUUCUGAUCUGUAGAUUUUUAGUUAACUUUUCUUGUCAUAUUGUAUCCUCUGACCUUUAGAAUCAUGUUUAAAUAGUAGUAGUUCCUCUGAUAGGUCUGAACAGGAAACAAGCUCUGACGGUUAAGUGAAGUGAACCAAAAUGAAGUUCUGAGUGCUGCUCCCCGUCUAGGAAAUGUCCCUCUACUCACACUUUAUGGAGAACCUUUUGUUGUCUGUAACAGUUUUAUAAAUAACUGUAUAUGGCUCAGAGCCCCAAGAUGUGAUCUCCAGACAAAAGAAUAAAAGGUAUAAACAUAAACAAUGAGGCAUUACAUGGUUGAAAAGUGAUCAAUAAUCUCACAGAAUGACAUAGAAUAGCCUUAAGUGCAGAUUAUUAAGUUUAAAAUUUUCUAAAAAAGACCACAGUGCUGCCCGCUUUUGACUGUAUGCUGCUUGUGGAGGAUUUUGUGCUGAAUGGCUCUUUGGGUUUUAUCAGUUCUCUUUCUAUAGCUUUUGAUAUUAUCACAUAUAAUUUUUAUCACUCUGCCCACUAAUCUGGAUUAUGGGAAUUUGCCUUUAAAUGUUGAACUGCCUUCCUUAUCUGGCACAAGGCCCGCUCGGUCGUGGUAUAGUUUUCCUUUUAUGCAUUGUUCGGUUCGGUUUGCGAGUGGCUUGUCGUUGAGGCUGUCUGCAUCUGUGUUCGUGGGAGCUGUGGGCGUGUUGCUUUCAUUUACUGAAGUAUCUUCUCCUCGUUUGUCCUUAGGGUGAUGCUGGGCUCCUAGUGUGGACCGAGAAGUAUUUCUCCUAAUUCCAUCCUCUGAAAGACAUUACAGAGAACUGAUAUAUUUUCCUCCCUAACUGCUUGGAAGAAUUCACCCAGAAUGAACCCAUCUGGACCUAGUGCUUUCUGGUUGGGAAGGUCAUCAAUAAUUUACUUAAAGUCGGGGCUGGAGAGAUGAGGCGGCGGUUAAGAUGGCUUAUUGUUCUUACAGACAGCCUGGGUUCAGUUCCCAGUGCACACACGGUGGCUCACAAUCACCUAGAACUCCAGUUCCAAGGGACCUGGCACCUUCUUCUGGCUUCCAUGGGCUACUGCAUGCGUGGGAUGCACGUAAGCUCACACAGGAAUCCAGACUCGUGCGCAUAAAUAAAAGUAAACGAAACUUUGAAGUCUCUAAUGUAUAGACCUUUUGGGCUAUGUUUUUCUAAUGUGAGUUUUGGUAGACUGUAUGUUUCUAGUAACGAUUGUACUUCAGCCAUGCAGAGAUGUGUGGACAGGCCCUUUGGGGUUCUUUCUACGACCACGGGGUCUGUCGUUGUGUUCCCUGAUAUUUCAUCAGUUCUCUCUCUCUCUCUCUCUCUCUCUCUCUCUCUCUCUCUCUCUCUCUCUCUCUCUCUCUCUCUCUCUCCCUGCACAAAUAGAAAUGUAAUUAUUUUAUUUCAAAAAACUGGUUCUUGACUCCACUGAUCUCUUUAGUCACUUUCCUGUCUUUAGUUCUGUCAGUUUGUCCUUGCUUACUUUGGAUUUAACUCGCUCAUUUAAUUACGUGACUGAUCUCAGAUUUCUUUCUGCUCGCUGCAUCCGAUGCUACGGAUUGUCACUCCGGCCGCUUCUACUUCGUGUCUGAUUGUGGUUUCUCAUCCUCUCCGAGUUCAAUGUCUAUUUUUAAAAUUUCUCCUGAGAUUUCUUCUACGUUCUGAGAAUUGUGAUGUUUAAUCCUAAAGUGUUUAGAGAUGCCCCAGGUCUCUCUCUGUGGCUGAUUUCUAGCUUCACUCCACUGUGUUCUGCAGGGGAACACUGUAGAAUUUGUAUAGUUUUAAUGUGGUACGGUGUGUCUAAUGGCCCUGAAUGAAGCAUCCUAGUGAAUGCUCUCUGUGACUUUGAGAAGAAUUGGUCACCAGAUGUUCGGUUCCUCAUUUUUCCAGCAAGCGUUUGACGCCACCAUGCCUGUCUCUCUGAUUCCACUGUCCGUCUCUGUUUGAUCCCACUGCGCAUGUCUCUAUGUUUGACCGCCCCCCCCCCCAACGCGCAUGUCUCUAUGUUUGACUCCACCGCGCAUGUCUCUAUGUUUGACCCUACCGCGCCUGUCUGUGUGAUUCUGACUAGCGCCCCUAAUUACAUCUCAUCAGUUCACCUCUAUGUCACUUUUAAACUUAUGGUCCCUAAUUGAGUCAGCUUUUUAACUUUCAACUUUUAAAAUCCUUUGUUUGUAAAAGUGAAAUUUAACUACCACAAACACUCUUGUGUCCAGCAAUCCUUUACCAACCACACUCCUCUCCCACCUCCUACCACACUAAAGCAGGUGGCAGCCAGGCAGGUUGGGGGGUAGGCACUGUGUUAAGACAUAGUGACCUUCUCCACAGUAGAACACUUCACGGAAGGUUAGCAACAUGGAUGUAGAAUAAACACACUGCUACAUAUUAAAUGAAAAAGUCAUCCGGGGAAUGGAGGAGAUGAUUCAGGUUUUAAGGGCAUUCACUGCUCUUGCAAAGGACCAGAGUUUGAUUCCUGGCGCCCAUGUCAGGAAGCUCACAGCCACCUGUAACUCCAGCUACAUUGUAUCCACUGCACCGGGAUACAUGUGUCCAUUCUACCACAAACAGAUACCCAGGAAUGAAAAUAUUUUUUUAUAAGUAAUCGAAUGCUAGCAUGGUAUUAGCAAGCUGCAUCCAGUACACCACCAGCUCUGCCCCUCUGGAAACGUGCAGGCAGGGGUUCGCCGAAACUAUGUUGGUUCUAAACCAAACAAACCGUAAAGGAGAUGCUAUGGCCCUUCUGUCUUUUAGCUGUAACACAUGUUAACGGAAUCACUUUAUUUAUUUUCUGCCCUGUUUUAGUUAUUGGCCCAAAACGCAAAAAGGAAAUCCUUCUCAUUAUUAGUUUAAAAUAAUGACUGUAUCUUCUUCUCCCAGUAAGGGGCCAGAUUCUUGCUGCGGCUGAGUAAGGACUCUUGCCCUUGAACUAUUUCCUAGGGCAGAAAAAUAAUGUAUUCUGGAGAAAUCCACUAAUUCAAAGUCCACUAUCAGUACCAAGUUUUCACACCCCCUAAUCAUGGUUCUAGGAAACACGGGUUAAGACUGAGUCUAGUCUGGCGGAACUUGCUUACCUGUGCUGUGCCAUGAAGGUCUCACCAAACUGUCACAGAGACCUGCCAAGGAGGACUCCCAGAAAGCUCUGGAACUGUAUUAUAAAGGUUGAGGUAUCAUGAGGUCCUCACCAGCAUCCAGAGAACGCCAAGCGUACGAGCAAUGCCUGCUGCUCUUCCAGGCUCCCAGCAUCCACGCUGGGCAGCUCACAAGCAACCCCAGCCCCAGAGAACGAACACCCUCUUCUGACAUUUUCAAACACCCAAAGUGGCAUAAACUCACACAGACAUGCACACAUACAUGUAAAUUAAAGUUAAAUGUUAAUUUUAAAAUGUUUCGAACAAACAUAACACCCCCCCAAUGGAAGCACAAAUAGAUUUAAUCUUCAAUUCUGUGCGCAUCAAUUUUCCCAAGAACUUGAGAUUUUAAUAAAAUGCUUAUGUCCUUCAGAGAAAUAAGGUUUUCAUGUUCAGGGCUAAGGGAGGCCUCAGGUUCAAGGCUGAAAGGGUGACAAAGCUUAUUUGUGUCAUAAACAAUCCAAACAGCUUGCUAAAACUCCAUGCAAGGCUUUCUUGGAGGUUCGUGUGUGUUGGUUACACUCAGUGAGUAACUGCUGCCCAGUGACCAAGGCCUUAAUUAAGCAAGGAUCUCUGAGGACACUAAUACAUAGUAAUAUCUUCUGUUGUUCUCAACGGGCUACCACCCUGGAGCUGUCCACUCUUACUGAGUGAGAAACCCCUAUGAGCAAAAGCUAACUCCCACGUUACUCAUGAAAAAAGUCAGUUUUAGGGACAAGGCUAGUUAAUCCCGAGAGACAGCUAGAACCAGUUGCCUGGGAUUUAACAACAGCAAGGCGGGCUCUGUGUGGACAGCAGGCAAUAGUGUGGUGUGGCAGGAAGAGGUAUACCUUGAUGUUUUUUGAGGCCUGGGUGGGCUUUGGAAGGAGAAAGAGAAGCCAGAAUAAAACACGGCCGUAGAGGACCAGGGGACAGUGCCUGGCUAGUCUACAAAGGAUAGGUGGCUUCCCAGGAGAUUUGGUAAAAAUACUUUGUGAAGACUGGUGCUAAGUCAUAGAAGUCUCUGAGCUAAAGGUGGAGGAACACAGUCUGCAGUUUCUUAAAGCCAUCAUGGUGUCAAAAUAGCUCCUAACUCUUAAGAUUGGACAAAAGAACGGCCUCCACUGACCAAGAUGUCCUCGACACAACAUGUCAAGCACUCCAAAACAAUUCAGUGAGUCUGGGAAAAAAAUUUUUUAGAAAGUGGAAAAGUAGAAUUUCAGUAAGAGUUGACUAUAAACCUGGCUAAUUCAUAUGCUGAGAAUGCUGGAGCGUUCACUGUAGCUUUCUUUAAGCAAAGCCAAUACUCUUCUAGAGAUGCCAAGAAAACACAGGGAGAAACAUCUUCCCCCAAAAACCUCUCCUGUGAAGGCUUCAAGUUUCUUCGCAGUUAAGUAGCUGAUGCCUGCUUCUGAGGUCAUUGCUGCCAACCUCCCCAUCAAGCUUUUUAAAAACGAAAGCCAGGCAGAGCCCCAGUCCUGGUUUGGCUCCUGACCCACCUUCCAAUCCUUUUGUAACUCCCUUGACUCAAUCCAAGUAUGUCUGCGCACGGACAAGGCGAAAGCAUGCUUGAUGCGAAAGCACAAAUUAUGUAUUGAGGAAUCUCUACAAUGCCAAAUUUUUUUAGAAUAAAAAAUAUAUAUAUAUUUAAGAACUCGCUGUGUUAGGGAAACUGUUUACAUAUUGAGGCGUUCCUCUUUUUUUGACUGGAACAAUAAAAGAAUAAUUUGA